AGUCCACGGGACCCCGUCCGAGAGCUGACUCGCCGCCGCCGCCGCCGCCGCCGCGACAACAGCAUCUAUCCUUGCCAGCCCUGCCGUCGAGAUCACGAGGCUCGACGCCGACCCUCGACCUCCUCGGCCACAAGCCGCCACUCUGGAAAUCUCAAUUGGAAGCAGUAUAGCUGGUCCGCGCAGAAUAGUUCGCUAGGGGGAGCGGCAACACCGACAGACCCUCCGCCCGACCCUCCUCACCACCAAUCAUCUGUGCACUGCCGCCAACGCUGCCUUUGCGGAAGCCUUGUCGAGCCAUAUCCCCUCUUCGCUGGGUCUGGGCCGGCGGGAAAGGGUGGAGGGAGAAGGCGCGGCCGCAAACGGCACCAUGGCCGACAAGGACCCGACCAGCGGGGCGAGGACGUCGCUGGGCGGCCUCCGUCCCCGAUCGAGGAGUCCCUGGGCCAUAUCGAAACUGGCUCUACUGGUCUCACUAGUCGGGCUCUCGUGCCUAGGUCUGAUCAUUCACUCGCUCAACUCCAGGCAGCUCGACCCCAAGGGCUGCCGCAUGUCGUAUAUGCGCCCCAUGUACGCUCGCCUCGACGAGUUCGACACGGAGCACACCCGCUUCGCAAGCAAGUACUCUCUGUACCUAUAUAGAGAGCAGUACGUUGACGAUGAUACUAAGCUCAUGGGUAUUCCGGUAUUGUUUAUCCCUGGAAACGCUGGAAGCUACAAGCAAGUCCGACCGAUCGCCGCUGAGGCUGCCACCCUAUUCCAUGAGGAGGUGCAGCAUGACGCGGCUGCCAUCAGGGCUGGUGCAAGGUCGCUUGAUUUCUUCACCGUCGACUUCAAUGAGGACUUCACAGCAUUCCAUGGCCAGACGCUGCUGGAUCAGGCAGAGUACCUGAACGAGGCUAUCCGAUACAUUCUCUCGCUCUAUCUGGAUCCACGCAUGUCGGGUCGCGAGCCGGGCGUGCCGGACCCGACCUCGGUUAUCGUGCUCGGUCACUCCAUGGGUGGUAUCGUGGCGCGCACCAUGCUCACGAUCCCCAACUAUCAGUCCAACUCGAUCAACAGCAUCAUAACCAUGGCGGCCCCUCACGCCCGUCCGCCCGUGUCGUUUGACGGCCAGAUCGUGGACAUCUACCGCGAAAUCAACGACUACUGGCGUCGCGCCUACGCCCAGCCGUGGGAUCACAGCAACCCGCUCUCGCAUGUCACCCUCAUCUCUAUCGCUGGCGGCGGGCUUGACACGAUUGUGCCAUCUGACUAUGCGAGCAUCGAGUCACUAGUGCCUGAAACCCACGGCUUCACCGUCUUUACAUCGUCCAUCCCCACCGUCUGGACCAGCAUGGACCACCAGGCAAUCAUGUGGUGUGAUCAGUUCCGCAAGGUAGUAGCUCACGCCCUCUACGACAUCAUUGACGUCAACAGGCCUGCCCAGACCAAGCCACGCGCUGAGCGCAUGCGUGCGUUCAAGCGCCGCUUCCUUACCGGUCUGGAGGCCGUCGUUGAGAAGGCGGUUCCACUAGAAGGGCCGAGUACACUCCUCACGCUGGACGACAGCAACACAGACGGUAUCCUCGCGCAAGGCGAGAGGCUCGUUCUUCGCCGGCUCGGAACCGCGGCCAGCGGCGGCAGGCCCCAGGCGCACCUGCUCCCCAUACCGCCUCCUGGCACCCCGGCGGGUAGGCGACUGACGCUCCUGACGGAUCAACCCAUGGAUCGUGCCGGAGAAAGCGGUCGGCUCGAGGUGCUGUUCUGCAGCGUCUUUCCGACCCAGCCCGCCGGCCAGGCCGGUAUCGCCCAGUUCGCAGUCAAGAUGGACCUGUCAGGCGACAGCGCGGGCUCCACGCGAUUGGCCUGUAAGAACGCCGCCUCGGACGUUAUCCUGCUCCCUACCUCGACGCGGUCCGCUCGCCAUCCCUUCUACCUCGAGGGUGAGCCCGAGUUGCGGCCGUUUUCCUACCUGGAGUUCGACGCGGGGGACCUGGCAGACCAUCAGUACAUCGUUAUCAUCGACAAGGCGGCUUCCCCUACCACUGGCUUUGUCAUUGCCGAAUUCAGUGACCGCUCGCAGUCGCACCGUGUCCGUCAUAUCAGCCUGCGUAGAUUGCUGGCCUUCGGAAUGGACCUACAGUUGCCCGUAUCGCGGCCCAUGGUCAACGAGGUCCGCAUCCCGUCCAUCCGGUCGAGCCUGCUGGCCUACAACCUUGAGAUUGGUCAACAGACGUGCGGCGGUGGUGAUGACGGCUCCGGGGCCGAGAUGUUCACGCCCCUGGUGCGCCAGUUUCUCUCGGAGCCGCACGAGUCUAAGUUCUUUGUCAAUGUGCGCCAUGCCUCUGUCAGCUUGCACGGCGUUGCGCCAUAUGUCCCCCCUCCGAUGACGGUUAAACCAGCCGGCGAGGAAGGUUUAGGCUUCCAGUUCUGGACCGACCCUACCUGCGACUCGACCGUACACGUCCAUCUAAGCAUCGACGUGUUGGGCAGUCUCGGGAAGCUCUACAUGCGGUACAGGACUGUAUUCGCCGCCUUCCCCCUGCUCGUCGUCGCGCUGGUUUUGCGGAAACAGUUCAAUAUUUACGAUGCCACCGGCGUCUUCCUGCCCUUCACCGAAGCGCUUGGCAUGUGCCUGCGUCGGUCUAUCCCACUGAUGCUUGCUGGCCUGACCAUUCUUUCCAUGUGGGGAGGCAGUACGUCGGGAUCGUCGUCACGGCAGCAAACAUCAAACUCGGGAGAUGGGUUCUGGCACUCAAACGGAGAGAACGCUACCCUGGUAUCCGCCCUGGUCAACUACCAGCAGAACGACCUCCUCAUCGGCACGGGCGAUCCUAUCUUCUGCUUCAUGGUACCGCUGAUUGGGUUAGUGUGCAUUGGGGCCUGCACAGCUCUCAACUAUGCUGCACUUUGUCUCACGCAGCUGUUCGCCACACUGAUGGGCUUGCUCAGCAUACGACCCGCCUGGGGUAUUGCCCGCUGGCGGCGAGAUCCGGAGGGCGGCUACGGCGAUGGCCAAACACCUCUCGUUGAUGACCAAAACACCAUGCAGCAGCCUAAUUACCAACACGACGACCAGGGCAGGAGACGACGGCAGCAACAGCAACAGCAACAGCAGCAACAGCAGCAACAGCAGCGCCAGCAAGAGCAGCAGCUGCUGCGCGUGUCUACUAGGCAGGGGGGAUUUGCGUCCUGCCCCAGCGGGUUUGGUGUUUGCUCGCCACGUCGGCGGGUGCUCACGACGGCGGUGCUGCUCUUCCUAGUCGCGACUUUCAUCCCGUACCAGUUCGCGUAUGUGGUGGCGUGUCUUGUGCAGCUGACGACAACGGUGCGAGCACUGCGAAUAGUGUCGGAUGCGGGCGGCUGGUUGGGGGCGAUGCCACCGCUGUCGCCGUCCAAGUCAUCGUCGCCGUCGCCAAAUCGCAGCAGUGGUGGCCACAGCAGCCAUCACCACCACAUCAACUACAACUUCUACAACUACGCGCACUCGACUCUGGUCCUCAUGCUCUGGGUCCUGCCCAUCAACCUGCCGACGCUGGUGGUGUGGGUGCGCAACUUGGCGGUGCACUGGAUGACACCCUUCUCGUCGCACCACAACGUGCUCUCCAUCAUUCCCUUCAUUGUGCUGGUCGAGACGCAGACGACGGGCCGCAUGGUGCCCCGUGUGCGGCAUCGCUGGAGGCCGGCCCGUCAUCUAUCGGGCGCGCUGUUCCUGGGCAUCGCCGUUUACGCGGCCAUCUACGGUGUCUCGUAUGCAUAUGUGCUCCACUAUCUCGUCAAUAUCGUGGCGGCGUGGCUCGUCAUUGUGCACUCGACGGCCGCCUCGGUUGGCGGUGGCCCUGGCUCGUGGUCCCUGGCCUCGCUCGGGUUGCUAUUCGAUAACGACGAAAGGCCUGCAGAAGACCGCAAACGGGGCAAAAUCCCAUGACCUGGCCCUCAUGCCCAACCUUGACAGGAGUUGAACUACCCUAACCCCGAGAGGGAGGGACUUGGGCAACAUCCUGGAACCUGAAUUUUUGUCUAUAAUACCCAUACCCCCUUUAUAUUCUUUGUUUCUAUACUCCCCAUGGCUGUUUCCUGUUUGUCGGCUUGUUAUUUAUUAUUUGACGUUCCUAGAUGGACCCCAAUACCUCUCUGCCCCUCUCAGCACGUCCCCACUCCACCUCGUCCUAUCUUGGACAGGAAAUUUCCCCAUACGAGCUACAAUGCUCGCCCCUUGCAUCCUCCAUUGACAUUCUUGCCAUGGCUAAAGUCUCGUCCAAUCAUAGGAUCAUGUUUGUUGGCUCUGUUCCUCCUGUUUUCUAUUGCUUUUGGCUCGCUUAGGUUCACACACAACCCUGAUUGCUUUGAUACCUAUCUGUAAGCCGGUGUUUGGUGCAGUUUCUGUCCUCUCUUGCUUGAUGUCCUGGUGGUCUGGAGGGGUUCCGGCGGUUGGCUUCAAGGGUGUAACAAAUUGGGAAGACAAGGGGGUUGCGCAUGGCUUUUCCAUACCAUUUGCUUGGUCUUUCUGUGGUGUUAUCCUUCCUUUUAUGGGAGUUGAUUGGUAUCUCAUCUUGUCGAUGCACACAAUCAUGCAGCAAAUGUUUCGAGCGGCGAAUUCUCCAUCAGAACCAGACUAGCUUCAGGAGAUGAUGAGCAACAUACCCUAAUGUCCGAUAUCGCCCACUUGAAGAGCCUCUAGGCUCGUCUCUCCCGAAAGGCCAUGGUUUCAGAUGGGUUAUUUGGAAGGGAUUCUGACCCAUCGAGCGUUGCUCCCAAGACUGAAACCGACACGCCAACAACACAAUCCUUACAAGAUGAUGCUCCAA